CAAGGGCAGGUAGACGGCUACUUGGUAACCCGGGCUGGCCCAGGAGGCUUGGGCGCGUGCAGCCAGCCCGGGCCUCGCCGGGGACCGAGGGACGCAGGCAGCGCCUGCGCCUGCUCACCAUGGUCGAGGGACGCGUCUCCAAGUUCCUGAAGAAACUCGGCUUCUCGGGUGGGGGCCGGGAGUACCAGGCGCUGGAGAAGGACGAGGAGGAAGCCUUGAUUGAUGAACAGAAUGAGCUGAAAGCCAUCGAAAAAGAGAAGAAGGUGACAGCCCUGCCCCCCAGGGAAGCGUGCAAAUGCCAUAAAGAGGAUUUGGCCGAAGUGUUUUGUGUGGACUUACACACUGGGCUGUCGGAGUUCUCAGUGGCGCAGCGCCGGCUGGUCCAUGGCUGGAAUGAGUUCGUCGCCGACACUACCGAACCCGUGUGGAAGAAAUACUUGGAUCAGUUUAAGAACCCCCUGAUCCUGCUGCUGCUGGGCUCUGCCCUGGUGAGCGUCCUUACCAGGGAGUACGAGGACGCCGUCAGCAUCGCCACGGCAGUGCUCAUCGUGGUCACUGUGGCCUUCGUCCAGGAGUACAGGUCGGAGAAAUCUCUGGAAGAGCUGACCAAGCUGGUUCCUCCAGAAUGCAACUGCCUAAGAGAAGGGAAACUCCAGCAUCUGCUUGCCCGAGAACUGGUUCCUGGAGAUGUGGUAUCUCUCUCAAUUGGAGACCGGAUCCCUGCAGACAUCAGACUCACUGAGGUCACGGACCUCUUGGUGGAUGAAUCCAGUUUCACCGGGGAAGCCGAGCCAUGCAGUAAAACAGACAGCCCCUUGGCAGGCGGCGGGGACUUCACCACCCUGAGCAACAUUGUCUUCAUGGGGACCUUGGUGCAGUAUGGGAGGGGCCAGGGGGUCGUCAUUGGAACAGGGGAAAGCUCUCAAUUUGGAGAAGUGUUUAAGAUGAUGCAGGCGGAAGAGACACCUAAAACUCCUCUGCAGAAAAGCAUGGACAGGCUAGGAAAGCAACUGACACUCUUCUCCUUUGGCAUAAUUGGUCUCAUCAUGCUCAUUGGCUGGUUGCAAGGGAAACAGCUCCUCAGUAUGUUCACGAUUGGGGUCAGCCUGGCUGUGGCGGCCAUUCCAGAGGGUCUGCCCAUUGUCGUCAUGGUGACGUUGGUCCUCGGAGUGCUGCGGAUGGCCAAGAAGCGUGUCAUCGUGAAGAAGUUACCCAUCGUGGAGACUUUAGGUUGCUGCAGCGUUCUCUGUUCUGAUAAGACGGGAACUCUGACUGCCAACGAAAUGACGGUGACCCAGCUUGUAACAUCGGAUGGGCUUCAUGCCGAGGUCAGUGGAGUUGGGUAUGAUGGCCAAGGGACUGUGUGUCUUCUACCAUCCAAGGAAGUCAUUAAGGAAUUUUCCAAUGUCUCGGUGGGAAAAUUAGUGGAGGCGGGCUGUGUCGCCAACAACGCAGUCAUCAGAAAGAACACCGUGAUGGGGCAGCCCACCGAGGGUGCCCUGAUGGCCCUGGCGAUGAAGAUGGAUUUAAGUGAUAUUAAAAAUUCAUAUAUAAGGAAAACAGAGAUUCCAUUCAGUUCAGAGCAGAAGUGGAUGGCAGUGAAAUGCAGUCCGAAGACCGAGGAUCAGGAAGACAUUUACUUCAUGAAGGGGGCCUUGGAGGAGGUGAUUCGCUACUGCACAACGUACAACAAUGGAGGCAUCCCCCUGCCGCUGACGCCCCAGCAGAGGUCAUUCUGCCUGCAGGAAGAGAAGAGGAUGGGGUCGCUCGGUCUGCGGGUGCUGGCCCUGGCUUCUGGGCCCGAGCUGGGACAGCUGACAUUCCUGGGUCUCGUGGGCAUCAUCGAUCCCCCGAGGGCUGGCGUGAAGGAAGCAGUUCAGGUUCUCUCCGAGUCAGGCGUGUCCGUGAAGAUGGUAACAGGAGAUGCUCUGGAGACGGCCUUGGCCAUAGGAAGAAACAUUGGCCUCUGCAACAGGAAGCUGCAAGCCAUGUCCGGGGAGGAGGUGGACGGCGUAGAGAAGGGCGAGCUGGCCGACCGCGUGGGGAAGGUGUCCGUGUUCUUCAGGACCAGCCCAAAGCACAAGCUCAAAAUCAUCAAGGCUCUGCAGGAGUCAGGGGCGAUCGUGGCCAUGACUGGGGAUGGCGUGAAUGAUGCAGUGGCCCUGAAGUCUGCAGACAUCGGGAUCGCCAUGGGGCAGACAGGGACGGACGUCAGCAAAGAGGCGGCCAACAUGAUCCUGGUGGACGAUGACUUCUCAGCCAUCAUGAAUGCAGUGGAGGAAGGGAAGGGGAUUUUUUACAACAUCAAAAACUUCGUCCGCUUCCAGCUGAGCACGAGCAUCUCCGCCCUGAGUCUCAUCACUCUGUCCACCGUGUUCAACCUGCCCAGCCCUCUCAACGCCAUGCAGAUCCUGUGGAUCAACAUCAUCAUGGACGGGCCCCCUGCGCAGAGCCUGGGGGUAGAGCCCGUUGACAAAGACGCCCUCAGGCAGCCACCACGGAGCGUGGGGGACACCAUCCUCAGCAGAGCCCUCAUCCUGAAGAUCCUCAUGUCCGCGGCCGUCAUCAUCAGUGGGACCCUCUUUAUCUUCUGGAAGGAGAUGCCUGAAGACAGAGCAAGCACUCCCCGCACCACCACGAUGACAUUCACUUGUUUCGUGUUUUUCGAUCUCUUCAACGCAUUGACCUGCCGCUCUCAGACCAAGCUAAUAUCUGAGAUCGGCUUUCUCAGGAACCGCAUGUUCCUCUACUCCGUCCUUGGGUCCAUCCUGGGGCAGCUGGUGGUCAUUUACAUCCCCCCGCUGCAGAGGGUCUUCCAGACAGAGAACCUGGGAGCACUUGGUGAGUGGCGGGGACUUGAACUGGUGACCCAGACCAGGGCCGUGGUGGGUGGCAGCUGCCAGGUGGGGAACCCCAGCCCAGGAGGGGUCAGUGCAGCUCAUCAGGAGCCGGCUCCCUCUUGGGGCUCUUCUGUCCUUACAGGGAGGGACUCUAACGUGGGUGAUAUGAGGGGGGCAUAGAGGAUACACAGAAACUCCCAGGAAGAUGCCCCUCGCUCUGGAGUAGGGUCUGGGGCCCAAAGGGCAUCGGGAUCCCAGGCAUCGGCUGGAGGCUCAGAGCGCGUGCAGGGAGGCAGAAGGGAGCCGAGCGAGGCCGAAACUCAGCCUGGGGUGUGCCCUCACCUGGGGUGUGCCCUCAGCCUGGGGUGUGCCCUCACCUGGGGAGCCUGGAUUUGACCCUGGGGCUGGUAGCAUGACUUAGAGAUCUGCUCCCCUGAAGACAGGGAGCUGGGCUGUCUUCCAGUUUGGGCCGAAAUGGACAUGACUCAGGCACGAUGGCUUUCCAAGGGCACACACCCUGGUGUGGACUCCCUGACGUCCUCAGCCAAUCGAGCGUGGCAACUUUCUCUGAAGCUUCACUGAGGGGAGGGCUGGGUGGAAGUCAGGAGCGAGUCAUUCGACCCCACCCUUCUUCCCAGGAUGCUGAUGGCCACUCCCAGUCUGGAGUAGAGGACAAGGGAGGCAGCCCCCAUGGGCCGAUCCCCCAUGGCAGGGCUGAGUGGAUCAUGGUAUUAUCCAUCAGGCCAGAGGCUGUAGUGACAACGGUCCUUAUGACCUCUAGCCCAGACUGGGCUGCUCAGCUCUGCCUUGUCUUCCAAAAAGCAGUGUCAGUGUGGGUCACC